AGAGGUGUCCUUAUUUUAGAGUGUCCACAAUAACAAGUUUGACUUUUAAAUAUUAAUUGGGAAUACAUACAGAAAGUGAAUCACAUUAAAAUAAGAAUAACAAUAAUGAUGAUGAUGAUAAUAAAUAAUAAUUGAGACAGGAGAGAUUAAUAAUAAUGAUUAAUUAAUAAAAAAAGUACUUGACACAAAUACAAAAAUCACACAUCAACAACACAUGAAAAUAGUCCUCUCUCUUUAAAGAGGAUCAACUGUCUUAAUUAGGUACAUUCAGAGAGAUGGAGGAAGGGAAGCUCAAAUAUCCAAUCGACAAUUGUUUUAUAUAUUUAGCAAAUUUAGCUUGUACAGGGUUCACGCGUCAGAAUGUCCAUUCAAAACCAGAUUAGAUUGGACUCCCUCAUCAUCCUCACUCUAUUGCAAUAUUAUCCAGUACCCACGGAAGGGGCCCAUAGCUGGACCUGCUCCAGACUUUUGUCUUCUCAAAAUGGUAAUGGCAGUGUAUUAGGUUUCAUUAAAACAGGACGAAAGAGAUUAUUCCUAACAGACAACAGGACGUUACUGCAUGAAGUGGAACCAUUAUGUAUCAUGGACUUUUAUGUACACGAGACACAGCAAAGGAGAGGACAUGGGAAAGAACUUUUUGAGAAUGUAUUACAGGAGGAGGGUCUAAGUGCAUUUGAAGUUGCCAUUGAUACUUCAUCAAAGUUUCUGAGUUUUUUACAGCGUCAUUAUCAGUUGAGUAGCUAUGUGAAACAGAACAAUAAUUUUGUCGUUUUUGACAAGUUUUUCACGAUAUGCUCUCAUGUUGAUCAUGGGCGUGGCAUGCACAGGAGGCACUCCCUCCCCUCGUCAAUGCAUGCUAACACUAAUGGAGUCACUGCUGGGAGGACCAGAGGAUUGAGAAUGUCACUAUCACCAUUGAAGAAUAACGAUUCAUUGCUGGCAUCCUCAAGAUCCCUCUCAUACUGCUUGAGUUUAUCUUCUAGGUCUUUGACUUGUUUAGUUUGUUGUUCUUCUCCUCCACUUGCUCCCUCUUUACUCAUGAUUUUUUUAAAGUCUUGUCAAAAUGAAAUGACCGUCUGUCCAUUAAAUUAGAAUAGUUUAUAUGGUCUACUACUAAAAAUUCCUUUUCACUUGAUUGCAUGUACAUGUGCAUUGCACAUGUAGAGAAGGUACAUUAUAAGAAAAUCAACCAAAAUUUACACACUAAAACCCACUAUUGUUAA